CCUCAAUCUUCGGUCGCAGACUCGCAGUCCAUUCAUCUGCAUUUCUACCAAGCUGCAGGACACGCAGGUCUCGCAGAAAUGGAGCUCAAACGGGCUGUUCUCGUCAGCGCAUUGCUCUGCCUCGCGCUCUCCCGCGGGGCGCUGUCACAGAGGGCGCCGAUCAUCACCAUCGAGACCCCGGCGCCGGCUCCCGCGCCGCGCCACGUGGACCUCGCCGAGUUACUCUCCCUGGCGGGGCCCUACGGCACGUUCCUGGACUACCUCACCAAGACGGACGUGAUCAAGACCUUCCAGAGCCAGGCCAACGACACCGAAGAACAGGGCGGCCACGGCAUCACGGUGUUCGCGCCCCAGGACUCGGCAUUCGCGGCCGUGGACUCGGCCGCGCUCUCAAACCUCACGGCCGACCGGCUCCGGUCGCUGAUGCUCCACCACGCCGCGCCCAAGUACUACCCGCUCUCGGUCUUCUCGGCGCUGGCCGCGUCGUCGACCCCGGUCUCCAUGUUCGCGUACAGCGUGAACGUCACCGACAAGGCCGGGAAGACCGGCGUCGUGUCGGGCUGGGCCGCCGCGAAGCUCGUCAGCAGCGUGUACUCCACGCGGCCCGUGGCCGUGUACGCGCUGGACAGGGUGCUGCUGCCCAAGGAGAUCUUCCCGACGGCUCCCGAGGUGGCGCCCGUGCCCGUUCCAGCGCCGGCGCCGGUGCCCGGCAAGGCGAUGGACGCCGCGCCCGGCGCGGGUGCCAAGGACAAUGCCGGCGGCAAAAGCUCGUCGAGCCGGGUUGGCACUGGGCGCCUGCUGCUUGGCUCUUUGGUUCUGAUGGUGUCGGGGGUUCUGGUGUAGUUGGAUCAUUCUCAUCGUUGGCGUGUCCGGUGAAAGUCCUCUUGGAAAGAAUUCGUUAAUUCGUUUGCUGCGCGCGGAGUGGCGCGUAUCACUGUCAUGUACUUAUGUAUUGCCGGUGGAUCUUCUUCCCAUACAGAGACCUGCGAAGUUUUCUCUUCAGAUAUUCUGCAAAAUUUUGCUUGUACACUCGGGUUUUUUUUAUCUAAACCGUUAAUCACGAAUGCAUGGAAUGAAUUUCCUGCAUGUUCAAUGUCCAUACACAGUUUUUAGAGAGAGGUGAGGUGAUGCACUGAUGUUGAAUGCAUGGUUCAAGACGCAAAAGUGUUUUAUAGCCGGCACGCUAUUGCGCGACCUGCUCGCCCCCGAUUGGUACUGCCCGAGGUUUGUGUCAGACCGUAUUCUGUAUAUGCCCUGUGUUCCUCCUAAUCCCAUAUUUCCCCAACCGCAUGAGGCCCCGAGCGGCCGAGCGCUGCUGCUGCCUCGCCUCCCACCGUCGGCCUGCAAGCCCUCCCGUCUGCUUUCGUCCUCCUUCCGUUCCCGGGACUCGCGCUCCUGAGUGCUGCUCCAGCUGGAGGUACCGAGACCACCACAGCUCGCGGAAUCGUCGUCCACGCCCACGCCCUCGUCGGCCGACGGAGCCGAGCGGCGGCUCCCUCCUCGAUGGUGGCGGGUGCGGAUGCUGCUGGAAGUGGCGCGGCCGGAUCCAUUAGCAGGCCGAGUGGCGCGAGGCGCCGGGCUGGGGCUAGGGUUUGGCCCAGCGGGCAGUCGGGCCAGAUCCAUCCCCUUCUCAGCACUGCCCUGUUCGUCCUAUCGCCGCUAUUUUCAGAUUUUGUUCGUCCUCUGUUGUUUGCUGAACAUUCAUGGCCUGCUGUUCGUUGAUGCUGUGAUUGCCGUUGUUUGUUGAAUUUAGAGAUGGUCUGUUGUUCGCUGAAGAUGGGGUUGCUGCUUUACCGAAGUUAGAGCUGUUUUUUUUUGUUGUACAGGAAAAGUGAUGUUGUUCUGUAACUGAAUCAAGGGGACCCCUGAAUCAAUGCUUAGAUGUUAGGCUGUACGCUGAACCAAUUUGAAUGUCCACAUACAUUCUUGCUGUUUUAUAGUAGCCGUAUCAAUGUGAUUCUACAGAAAAUAUUUGAAUGAACGUGAAUGCACAGGAAAUAUUUUGUUGU